UUUAUCGUUCCAUAUAGUAAGAGGGAACAGACCCUCUCUCUCUCUCUCUCCUCCGGUCCCACUAGAAUUGUCAUUCCCAAAUUUCCCAAUUUGCUCACCUCUAGGGCUUCUUGUUUUCAGGUACAAUUUGUAUUCCACGUAGCAUAUUUCCCUACGUAUAUGACCUGCUGCAACUCACUUUUUAGGCAGUAAACGAUUAUGUUCCGUGAACUUGAAUUUAGUGGGCGUGUGGGUUUUCCAAUCAAUAGCCUAGAUGGAAAUGGAUCGGUGGCCCACAGUUCAGUUGUAACCUGCCUCUUAAAAGAAUUGCUACUCUUGAAGUCCACCAAGGAGCACGGUUACUUCCUUGCCAUAACCAAAUUGAAGAGCAUAGGCAAUGUUGAGUAUGAAGAGGAAUCAAGCGACAUCUUCUAUCCAGUAGCCUUCUUUUGCCGUACGUUCCUACCUGUCAAAGGAGAUGUCAUGCUAGGAGUCGUUCACAAGUUAUAUAAUAGGGGGGUCUUCCUAAGAUGCGGGCCCAUGCAAUUCGUCUAUCUAUCGGCUACAAAGAUGCCGAAUUUCCACUACGUCCGACUGAAAACUCAAGAGGUGUUUAUGAACGAUGAUCUCACGAGGAUAGAGACUGGUGUGGUCAUCCGAUUCGUAGUCUUUGCCGUGAGUUGGAGAAAGAAACACUGGGACGCAGAAAGAGAGUUCUUUGUCCUUGCCAGUUUAGAAGGCGAUUGCCUAGGGCCGGUUUCCUUACCUGGAUCUGAUGAGUUGGAUUCGUGAAGUUUUUCAUUAUCAGUGCAAACUUUUGUUUUUUUGUUGUAGUUUUAUGUUUUACAGGUGGUGGUGGGGAGUGCAAACUGAUUUUUCCGACAGUGUAAUCUGGUGUUGAUAGACAAACUUGUUGCUGGGAGGAUUAUAAGUUUUUGAUUUUUGUGUACAAGAGGGGUGAAGUUCUGUAUACAGUUGAAGACCUAGGCUUGAACUAGUAGCUUGUAGUUUGGGUUUUUUUCAUGUUAUGAAAGGUCUGUUGUUCGAAAA